AUGACUGACCCAAAAAUAAGGUCGAAGUCACAAUCCUUAUCGGUACCAGAGUCUUCAGAGUGCACAUCUUUGAAGACUAUUUCAACAAUAAAUCCUUCUGACUCGACAAAUCAACAUAAUGCUUAUUUAGACAAAAAUAUGCAUUCAACAAAUAGUAUUUCAAUGGGUCAAAUACGUCGAAAUAAUGGUGGUGGCAAGUUAAACAAUUUGAAUAUAGUUCCAUUUUUAUUUAGAAGUGGACGAAGAUAUUUUCCUUCCUUUGUUUUAUUAGGAAUUUUGUUCGUAUUUACUUCAAUAUAUAUCGUAAACACAAUUUUAAAUGAUGAUUUGGUAAUUGAUCUGCAUUAUGAUUGUUGUGACCAGUGUGCUGACAUUAUUAAGAAGCCUAAGCUUGAUCAACACCGUAUAAAGUGUCCUAUUACCACGUUUACUUGCAUCGAUUGUUCUAAAACGUUUGUUGGAACGAGUUAUAAGUCUCACACGAGUUGCAUUAGUGAGGCAGAAAAAUAUCAAAAGGGAACGUUUAAACCCAAAAAAAAAAAUGCUCAAGAUAAGCCAAAGUUGUCACAAGAAAAAGAACAAAACCCUUCAGAAGAACAGCAAAAACCAAAAAUCAAAAAGAAACAUAAAGGAUCAGAUAUAUUAAAGAAAAAGCGUAAAAAAACUAAUAAAAUAAUAAAGGGACAAAAUCGUAGUGGUAAUUAG